AGAGGCGGGCGUGCCAGUCCCUGGACAGCUACGACGCCAUGAAUAUCUUGCCCAAGAAGAGCUGGCACGUCCGGAACAAGGACAAUGUCGCCCGCGUGCGCCGUGACGAGGCCCAGGCCCGGGAGGAGGAGAAGGAGCGUGAGCGGAGGGUACUGCUGGCUCAGCAAGAGGCCCGUACAGAAUUCCUACGGAAGAAAGCCAGACAUCAGAGCUCACUGCCUGAGCUUGAAGCAGCAGAGGCGGGAGCCCCAAGUUCGGGCCAUGUGGACCUGUUUCGGGAGCUCCUGGAGGAAGGGAAAGGAGUGAUCAGAAGCAAUAAAGAGUACGAGGAAGAAAAGCGACAAGAGAAAGAGAGGCAAGAGAAAGCUCUGGGCAUCUUGACAUACCUGGGCCAGAGUGCAGCAGAGGCACAGACUCAACCCCCUUGGUACCAGCUACCCCCAGGGCGAGGGGGCCCCCCGCCCGGCCCAGCCCCAGAUGAGAAGAUCAAGAGCCGUCUGGACCCUCUGCGGGAGAUGCAGAAGCAUCUGGGGAAGAAGAGACGGCACAGCGGUGAUGAAGGCAAUCGCAGCAGAAAGGAAAAGGAGGGGUCUGAGAAGCAGCAACCCAAGGAGCCUCCAUCCCUGGACCAGCUUCGAGCUGAACGUCUGCGGAGGGAAGCAGCUGAGAGGGCUCGGGCGGAGGCCCUGCUGGCCCGGGUCCAAGGCCGGGCACUACAGGAGGGUCAGCCGGAAGAAGACGAGACAGAUGACCGGCGGCGGCGGUACAACUCCCAAUUCAACCCCCAGCUGGCCCGGCGCCCCCGCCAGCAGGACCCUCACCUUGCUCAUUGACUCCUGAGGGGGUACAGGAGAGGCCGCUGCUGCCAGCCGUCAUAUAAAACUAUUUAUUCAUAAAUAUUUUCCAAAAUGAAAA